AUCGUCACUAAUUUUGAUUUCUACUGUCUGUUUAGUAUUUUAGCGUCUGUUGAUUGCUUUCUUCUCUUAAGAUUUUGUUUAGAACUCAAAAUUUCCUUCUCCAGAUUGUUGCUGUUGCUUAUUGAACUUCAAUUCACCUCUGUUCUUCUUCAGAACAAUUUCCAAAUGGCUAGAUCUGCAUUGGCUGAGGUUUCUCAAUCGGGGGCCUUUGUUAGAACACCUUCGACAUUUAGAAACUUAAUUUCAAGGGACCAGAAUUCAACUUUCCCAGCUGAAGUUGGGAGGUAUCAUCUCUAUGUGUCUUAUGCUUGUCCUUGGGCAUCCAGGUGCCUCAUGUACUUGAAGAUUAAAGGUCUUGACAAUGCCAUCAGUUUCUCGUCUGUCAAACCAGUAUGGGAGAGAACAAAAGAUACUGAUGAUCACAAGGGAUGGGUUUUUUCUACAUCUGAUAACGAGGAACUUGGAGCUGAGCCAGACUCGUUGAAUGGAACCAGAACUAUUCGGGAACUGUAUGAGCUAGCCAGUUCAAACUAUUCCGGGAAAUACACAGUUCCUGUUCUUUGGGAUAAAAAACUCAAAACAAUUGUCAAUAACGAGAGUGAAGAGAUAAUACGCAUGUUCAAUUCUGAAUUCAACGAAAUUGCAGAGAAUCCAUCUAUUGACCUUUAUCCUCUUCACUUGCAAGAUAAGAUCAAUGAGGUCAAUGGAUGGAUAUAUGAUGGUAUUAACAAUGGUGUCUAUAAAUGUGGAUUUGCUACUAAGCAAGAGCCUUACAAUGAGGCUGUAUUGAGAUUGUACGAAGCUUUGGAUAAAUGUGAGGAAAUUCUCGAUAAGCAGAGGUAUCUUUGUGGUAACACAUUGACUGAAGCAGAUGUUCGAUUGUUCGUCACCCUUAUUAGAUUUGACGAGGUUUACACAGUCCAUUUCAAGUGUAACAAGAAACAGUUAAGAGAAUACCCAAACUUAUUCAAUUACACAAAAGACAUCUUCCAGAUUGCAGGCGUUAGCGCCACUGUUAACAUGGUACAUAUCAAAAAACACUAUUACGUAAGUCAUCCAUCCAUCAAUCCUUAUGGCAUUGUUCCGGUUGGACCCAAUUUGGAUUACUCGAUUCCUCACGAUAGAGACAGAUUUUCUACUUAAAGAGUCGAUACGCAUUUGGAUCAAUCCUUACUCAUCUUUCAGUUUGUUUCUUCUCAACUAUAUUAUAUAGUAUUGUGGAUUGUGUGUCGAGUCUAUUGUAUACUGAUGCGUCUUUGGUU